AUGAAUGGUAGCAUGGAAGUUCAACAAACGAAGAAUGUAGAAGUGAAAAGUCUCGUAUAUCGGAUUAUAAACGAUAAAAAGAGUUACUCCAAAGAUGAGCGCAUUGCUGCAUGCGAACAACUUCAGCAAGCUUUUACACUUGCUAGUGAUGUUUCUAAUAUUGGAUGUGACUGGAAGAAACUAAUGGAAGAUUUGUUGUACUGCAUUAAAACUCGGCAACAGUUCGAAGUGAAACGCUGUGUUUCUGAUUGCCUUGGAUCUUUGGGUUGUAUCAUGUUUUCGCAAUAUAAUGAAUAUCUAAAAGUGAUGCUGGGUGAAGCGAAGCUUAUUCCCGACAGAUAUGAAGAUGACAAAGCGCUGGUAUUGAAAGCUAUCUUUUCGUCAUUGAAUUUAAUUGGAACUUUUGCAUGGCAGUCUCGUAUCAAGCCUCAGGAUGUCGAUGCACUUAUGACUGCAGUAAAGAACUGGCUUGAAGUGAACGAUUCCUCCAUCGUUCUUAUAUCAUUGUUGGAUACCUGUUUAGCAGUCUCUAAAUACUUUCCUGCAAUCUUUAAGCAUAGCUUUGAUGAUGUAGUCGAUUUUACUGUGGGUUGGUAUAUCGAACCAGAACAACCGAUUGCAGUGUUAGAUAAAUGUCAUCAGAUGCUUGUUGAACUACGCCCCUACUGGUACAGUGCUGUACCGGCUGCAAUAACGCUUAUGAAACAGUUUCUUGAUGAUGCGAGUGCUUAUAUUGAGGAUAUCAGGGUGAAUGAGUCGACACCAGAAAAUAUGCUCGCAAAAACGGCCGCCAUCUUGCGGGCUUUGUCAACUAUGCUUGAAGUAAUGAAUACUCCUGUCAGCCCACUUGUAAUAGAUUUUACUGAAAAGGUUUUUGGACGCAUCAUUCGAUUGUUGACUCAUCUUAGCGAUGUUUUUGCUGCCAAAAUUGGAACUGUGUUUGGACACAUGGCUGAAGUUCUUUAUGUAGCAUUAAAAGCGUACCCGAAACUUGAUUUUUUGAUUAAUUCGAUGAAAGCUUUAAAAAUAAUGUUUGAACACCCGUCCGUAGACGAAAAAUCGAUGCUAAAGAUACUUGGAUGCAGUGGAAAGAUUAUUGAUAAUAUAACUCCUGAAAUGGUUGUGGAAAUUGUGGAUUAUAUUGUCGGUGAUGGUGGACCUUUGAACCAUGUUAUUAUAAGGUCGCAGAGAGUUAUGCAAGCAUAUGGCAAUGUUUUAGGAAAGCUUUUAGCACCAAAAAAUUUGUCGACGCUCCAAGUAGUUUAUAAUCGAGUUCGAGAAGAUGUUCGAAAUUGUUUAAAUAUACUGCAAGCAACUGAAAUAGAGGCAUAUUCCAGCAAUAAUGUAGUGACAGAAAAAAAGCUAAUGAUAUAUUUCAAUGCUCUUUACAGUCUUGGAAUUGUUAAAAAUUCACUUAUUGCUAUGGUGGGUCUUUCACCAAGUCUCUUUACAUUUCUAAUGACGGAAACGCCAAUCACCACGAAACAGUUUAUCAUUAAUCAUCCUGGAUGCCAUUAUGCUCUGCUUUACAUUGUAAAAGCGCAUAGUGAAAAACAUGAAAAUUUUGUUGCUAAUAGCAAUUUGCUAAUUGAUAAAAACAGUUUAACACUUGUUACCGAACCAGCAACAGCAAAACAUACUACCACGAUACUAAAUACAGUAACGAAACUGCUUGUCCUUGAUGAUUUAUUGUGGACAGAUACAAGAAAUCUACUUGUUGAUUGGAUUCAUGGCUUAGUUUUCUCGCUUACACAAGAUGUUCUACAACAUAUACUUAAUAAACCAGAAACGAUCGAAAUGAGGGCAGCAUUGCUGGAUUCAUUCGUGAGACAUUCACUGCCAAAGAAAACAUCGCUGGAUAACAAAAUUUUUAGUAAUCCAGAAGCUUUUGUUGUUCAUUGGUGUGCGGCAACAACAAGUCAUCGAGUUAGACAUUUUACCUUACUUCGACGAUUGGCCGUUUUUAACUUGAUUAAGAACGAAAAACCUGAAGUGACAGCAAAGUUCGUUAGACAUAUCUUUGAACAGUGUCAUUCGGGUUGUCAGAAUAAAAUAACUGGUAUAUGGCAAGCUACUCCUCCAGUACUUUUCAUCAGGAACGGAUUGACGGAGUGUGUGCAGGAUUUAAUGGAAUUUGGACAACAGAAAAUAUCCGAAAGUUUGUUCACAUCAGAACAUUUCAAGAUUUUUGCUGACUUUUUGCUGAAUUCGGUUCUCCCCACAUACUGCUUUAACAACAUCGAUGAUGGAUAUUGGAUAUCAGAUACGGCCGCAACUAUUUAUGCAGGUGCCAUGGGUGACAUCAAUACGAAUAUUGAUUGUAUAUCUAAGUGGAGGUGGAUAAUUGCACAAAUGGCCCAAUUUUGUGUAAAUAAUCGCUUUAAAACACCACUUGGCAAACCGCUGGAUACUUUUCUUGCUUUUGAAAACGAAAUACGACGAUUAGCUGGUAAUGCUCUUUCACGAAAACCACUACCUAUUAGCAAAAGCGCUAAAGAUGAAGUAGUACAGAAAACGGUUGCGGUAAGUAGAAGAGGUGCUGUUGAGGAUGAAGAUGAAGCAGAGAUGGAGAUUGAACGUGAAGCACGUCAGCUAACAACUUCGGAGCAGUGGUGGCGUGUUCGUACCUUGUUGGAUAUGAUUGAAGUAUUGGACAAAUUGAUAGUUUACGCAUGUCAUGGGGCUAUAUUUCAGUUAUCUACGGUUUCACAAUUAUCGCAGCAGUUUCUUACGACAAAUCAAGCCAGCUGUGCGAAUUGGCUUUCACGCCUAUGUCUGCCGAUGAUGGCUGUUGCUUAUACAAGUAGCAACUUUGCUCAAGUCGUACGUUUAGGAGGUUGCUUGUUGAGAGACAUUGGAAAACGGACUGAGGAGAAAGGAAGUAAGGAUAACAUUGAUGAAAAAGGUGAAAUAAAUUCCGUUGCUCACACAUGUAUUACAUGGAUGGUAAAAGCACUGAUCGAUUUGGGUCGUCCUCAAUCAAUAUUGGGUCUACAUGCUUGGGUAAAGAACAUUUAUGGUAAACAGUAUGUGUGGAUAAAAUGCGCAGCUCAUAUGGCUGCUGGAAGGAUCGAGUUUGCUUUGAAUGGUUUGCAAGAAUGUCUGCGUAAUGAGAAUUCAUCCGAAAAUAUACAAAAAACUAUACGACAGCUAAUCAUAUUUGGCCUAGAAGUUCUUCGGAAUUCGGAAGAAAUUGAUUUAUUUUGGCGAACGUUGUACGGUGUUCUGGAUUCCAAACCAGAUGAAAUCCCGGAUGGUUUCGAAGAGCUUACAUGGAAGAGGAUGAAAUCACUGACAACGUUUGAUAAUUGUUUAAAGGAUGAAUCAGUAAUGUCAGUGCCAUGGGACAUCCGAAACAGCUUCAUUCACACAGAAUUGAAAUUGAUGGAGAUAGUUCACGAUUAUUCCAGAGAUUCUAAAGACAACAAAACUGAUGUUGUUGAUUUGACGCGACAGCUGAGUGAGGAUGCGAGAAUUUUGCUGUUAGCGGAUACUGGUUUGCAGAUCUUUACACGUGCGAGCGCAUUGCAUUUAUUGGCUACUGCUGUGAAGGAUAGUCGAAAACCUUAUCAUAAACAAUCAGUUAUUGCCAAUGUGGUCGAUCCAUCGUUCCUUUUCGACUGGAAGAAUGGGUCACCAAUACAGCGUCUUGCUCUAGGUCAACAAUUAAGUACCUGGUUACAGUAUACACAAAAUAGAGAGAAUGGUGGAUCUUCAUCACUUCGAAUAAUUUCCAACGAAGCAGCUUAUCACCUCGAAAUGACGAGACUAGCUCGAAAGACAAAAAAUUAUCGAUUGGCAGAAAAGCAUAUCAAAAUACAUUACAAUAAACGCCUUCCAACACUUGACAGCUUCCAACUAAGUAUUUUGCGUGUAAGCGAUGAUUCUUUUGAUGAGUAG